AUGCGUACUAAAAAGGUAGACCUAUUAAAAUUGAAUGGAAUAUGGAAAGCUAAUACUUUUGAUAGGCAAAUUGCAUUUACAUAUGCAUUCUACAUACAGAAUCAAGCAUUUAAACGAAGACGUUUUCCCGUGCCACCCGGCGGCGGUAGUGGUGGAUGCCCGGUCACCUGUAUUAUGCUGUCGUACAUGGCGCCUUCGGUGAGCGACAAGCCGCCAACGGUGCCCAGCCGGCUGGUGCUGGAACACAAGUCGGCCACGACCACGGCCACGGCGUAUCACCGGUUCAGCCGGCCACCGUCGAUCACGUUCAAUCUGCACGACGGGCAGCUGCAGCAUCAGCGCGAGGGGUUCGGCGCCCUGCCGGUGCCGCCCGUCCGGCGCAGCAUGGUCAAAGAGGACAGCGCGAGCAGCAUCGCGUCCAGCGUCGACGUGCUGCCGGCCACGCACCACGACUGCAGACGGCCGGCCAACAAACCGGCCACGUUGAAAAGAGUUUCGUUCGGCAGUUCGAAAGGAUCUAUGGUUGAAACAUUAAUAUACGACAGCCCUCCCGUUCAAGAAGAGCUAAUCGAUCCUAGCGACGUCGACGAAUCGGACGGAACCGUUGGGUCCACUAGGGUCCGAGUGAGCUUUUUCGAAUCGGAAAAACCUAGUGUGCUUCCAUCGCCGCCAAAAUCGUUGGAAGUAUUUGGCGAUUGCACCAUGACCACUUCAAGUCCUAUUCUACAAAGGUCAAAUGGCCACAUCCAAACACAGAUUAGUACGGACGGAUGGGAUAAUCCCUUCAGACCAGACGGUGACCUGUCCAAGGAAGCCGACCAGAUAGUCGAACUGAUCAAAGAGGGCAAACCGAUCACGCCGACGCCCACGAGCGCCACAUCGCCGCUGUUGACGGACCACGGGGGCGCGGACGUGAAACACGACCAACAACCGGUGACGUCCACGCCGGCAAAGGCGAACGGCACGUGCAGCAGCGAGACGACCGCAGUGCCGCCCAACGUGGAAGUCCAAAGAGGAACUGUGAUAAAUGGAAACGAGCCUUCCCAGGUGGAGCACGUAGUAUUGAAGAAAAAACCCAAAUGCAGGUGUUGCGUGAUACAAUAACACACGCGACCACCGGAAACACGUUUUUAUUGUUCUAUAUAAAACAUAAUAAUCCAAAAGCGCAUAAACCAAAUACCAUAAGAACGCGCUGUGCCUUUCAGCUAUGUCGUUCGUGAAAUGAUUGUGAUGAUGAUGAUGAUCGAUGAUGAUCCACCAUCGCCACUACACAAGUCCUCGCGAUGCGAUUCAAAAUUAUUUUUCAGAGCUAUAUUAUUAUUAUUAUAUAUAUAUAUGUUUGUACCUAUGUUUGUAUUUAUAAGUAUAUAUAAAACUUUACAAUUUGUAUUAUAAAAAUAAUGACUUUUCUAUAUAUAUAUAAAUAUCCGGUGUUAUAACGGUAUAAAUAAAUGUCACAUAGUUCCUUUAUAUAUGUAUACAUAUAUUACGAUAUUUAUUGAUUAAAAAAAAAAAUAAAAAACGAAAAAAAACGAAAAAAAAAUUGUAAUAGUAUAGAUAUUGCUUGUGACAUAUAUAUUUUACUCGUGCAUAUUAUUUGGACAACUGUGGUUCGUAAUGAAGACGGAGGAAACGUAAUUAAAAAAAAAAAAUGUAAAUUUUCACGCAGUCAUUAUACGAUAUAGGCGCAAACGCACGCUCAAACAUUUUAUUUUACGAAUUCACAAUAGGCAAAUAUAUAUUUUUUUGCAGUAGCUAAACCCCUACUCUUUCUGUGAUUAUAUAUAUUUAUUAUUUUUUUUUUUUUUUUGUUUUGUUAUUUAUUUUUUAUUUAUUACUUGGCAAAUAUUGUUCUAGGGAUUCAGCGAAUUAUAACACUAAUUGUAUACCAUAUAAAUAUAUUUUGUAAUUUUCAUUUUAAUGUAUUAAUGUAUUGGGUAAAGGAAUAAGAAAGUUUUGAUGUAUAAUAUGUUCACAUAAGUAUAUUUUUUCAUUAUGUAUGGAAAUGUUGGAAACUUAACAAAACGUUGACUUAAUCAUGUUGAUAUUCUAUCUAAACCCUUUUUCCAUUUAUGAUAUUGAUUUCUUUCUCUUAUGAUGUAAUGAUAUAAUAUACGGUACGUUUGUCAUUAAAAUUCGUCCAAUAUACUCAUUAACGUCGCAAGAAAACUUCGGACCAAACAUUUGUAGACACGCAGACUUACACUUUUGGACUUUUUUUAAU